UCUAAUGGUAUUGAAGUGUGACAACGCACAGUAUCGUGGAAGCAUAACGCAGGGUUGCGCGCUCUUGAGAAAAAGGCUACAGCAGUAUUUGCGCGCCCCCGCUUGAAGACCGGCUCGAGCCGGUAGGCUAUAAAGAGCUGACAGAACAGUAAGGAAAUAAGGAAACGGUUGAUUUACUCAACAGAAGACACAGAUGUGUUUUAUGCCUUCAAGAAAGAGAGGACAGAUACAGUAACCAGGGAAACAUAAUAAACUAUGAUUCUCCUUGUGGAUCGGACAAAAGGACAUUUUUACAUCAGGCUUAAAAAGAUGUUGCUUUAGUCCAGAACAUCGAUUCGUCUGGUCGGAAGCGGAAGAGACAGAGCUGGUAGACUAACGUUAUAGGGAGAACAUAGAAAUAACAUACCGAUAAACUAGUUGCUCAUUUUGCCAUUAAAACCUGUUCAUUAUAUUCGACAGUCGACUAUUCUGUGUCGAUCACUUUUCCGACUAGACUGAUCGUCGCUCUGUUGGUGCUCAGACCCAGCCAUGCAGGGGUUAAAGUCAGCGGUGCGGGGGUGCGGUGGUCCAUGUGUGUACGAGGCGGUGCCAGACGGAGGCUGGGGCUGGGCGGUGGCCGUGGCCUUCUUCUUCGUUGAGGUGUUUACUUACGGGACCAUCAAGUCUCUGGGGGUGUUCCUCCAGGAUCUCAUGACAGAGUUUGGGGAGAGCAACAGCAGAGUAUCCUGGGUCAUCGCAAUCUGCGUCUUCAUCCUCACCUUCACAGCCCCUCUGGCCACGGUGCUCAGUAACCGGUUCGGGUACCGUCCCGUAGUGAUGUUUGGGGGUUUUCUGAUCAGUCUGGGAACCAUCAGCUCUGCUUUCGUCUCCUCCAUCAACGAGAUGUACGUCACCAUCGGCAUCGUCUCAGGUCUGGGGUACUGCCUGACCAUCCUGCCCACCAUCACCAUCCUGUCUCAGUACUUCAACAGGAGGAGGUCCCUGGUCACCGCCCUGGCCUCCUCAGGGGAGUCCUUUGCCAUGUUUGCCUUCGCACCAGCCUUCAUGGCCUUGAAGGAGACCAUCGGCUGGCGCCGCUGCUUCAUUGUCAUCGGUCUCAUGCAGGCCUCCGUGAUUGGCUGCGGCGCUCUGCUUCGACCAAUCAUCAUCAGACCUGACCAGGAAGUGUCCGGGGAGGUGUCCAAUAAGGAGAAGCUGUCCGUUAAGCUGCAGACGAUCUACGAGCUGGAAAAUGAGGACACCCAGACCAACGUUAGCUCUGAGGAGUCUGAGGAGUCUGAGGAGUCAGGGGAUUCCGGGGUCACCUCUCUGUCUGCCUCCAGUGCUGACCUCCGGGCCACCACAGCCACACAGGACCCCUCUGAGACCCGGGCCCUCAUGGAGGACCAGGGGGAGAAGAACCAGGGUGGACAGGCAACCCUUGGAACCCCACUGAAUCAGCUGGAGGCUGGGGAGAAAGAGCAGGGUGAGGUGGGUCCCCUUGUCCAACCCUCCAGACCUAAACUCCUAGACCUUUCAGUGUUAAACGAUGGAGCGUUCAUCUGCUAUUCUCUGUUUGGCCUCUUCGCCACGCUGGGGUUCUUCGCCCCGUCACUUUACAUCAUAGAACUCAGUAAGAGCCGCGGCGUCCACCCAGAAAAGUCGGCCUACAUGCUCUCUGUAAUGGCGGUGUCCGAGGUCUGCGGGCGCCUGUCCAUCGGGGUCAUUUUAAACAAGGUGCGGAUGCGUAAGACCCAUGUGCUUCUGGGAUGUGUAGUUCUGCUGUGUCUGGUGCUGCUUGCCUUCGCCCUGGUGACUGAGUUCUGGGGCCUGGCAGCCUGCUGCUGUCUCUAUGGCUUCCUGAUGGGCACCGUGGGUUCUACCCACAUCCCCAUGCUGGCAGAGGAUUACGUGGUGGGCAUAGAGAGGAUGCCCUCGUCCGUGGGGGUCUAUGUGUGUAUCCAGAGCUUUGCUGGGCUGGCCGGACCACCGCUGGGGGGCCUGUUGGUGGACAAGACCCAGAACUAUGGCUCAGCCUUCUACUCCUGUGCUGUGGGAAUGGGCCUGGGCGCCAUCUUCCUCGCCAUGGUGGGGCCUGCCAAGUCUGGCCUCUGCCACCGCGGGAAGACGAGACAACAGGAGGAGGAGGAAGGAGAGGAGGAGGAAGGAGAGGAGGAGAGAGGAGAAGAGGAGGAGGAGAAGGUUUCUCAGGACAGUGGAUCAACUGAUUAUUUAGAUGUUGAUCUGGUUGUGGCGACCAGUCCUGCUAAAUGGUCCCCGCGGUCUGAACGCUGUCUGAACGCUGUCUGAACGCGGUCUGAACGCGGUCUGAACGUUGUCUGAACGUUGUCUGAACGCUGUCUGAACGCAGUCUGAACGUUGUCUGAACGCGGUCUGAACGCUGUCUGAACGCAGUCUGAACGCAGUCUGAACGCGGUCUGAACGUUGUCUGAACGCGGUCUGAACGCGGUCUGAACGCGGUCUGAACGCGGUCUGAACGUUGUCUGAACGCGGUCUGAACGCGGUCUGAACGCUGUCUGAACGCGGUCUGAACGCGGUCUGAACGCGGUCUGAACGCGGUCUGAACGCGGUCUGAACGCGGUCUGAACGCGGUCUGAACGCGGUCUGAACGCUGUCUGAACGCGGUCUGAACGUUGUCUGAACGCUCUCUGAACGCGGUCUGAACGCUGUCUGAACGUUGUCUGAACGUUGUCUGAACGCUGUCUGAACGCAGUCUGAACGCUGUCUGAACGUUGUCUGAACGUUGUCUGAACGCGGUCUGAACGCGGUCUGAACGCGGUCUGAACGCUGUCUGAACGCGGUCUGAACGCUGUCUGAACGCGGUCUGAACGCUGUCUGAACGCGGUCUGAACGCUGUCUGAACGCUGUCUGAACGCGGUCUGAACGCGGUCUGAACGCGGUCUGAACGCGGUCUGAACGCGGUCUGAACGCGGUCUGAACGCGGUCUGAACGCUGUCUGAACGCGGUCUGAACGCUGUCUGAACGCGGUCUGAACGCGGUCUGAACGCUCUCUGAACGCGGUCUGAACGCUGUCUGAACGUUGUCUGAACGUUGUCUGAACGUUGUCUGAACGUUGUCUGAACGUUGUCUGAACGUUGUCUGAACGUUGUCUGAACGCUGUCUGAACGCGGUCUGAACGUUGUCUGAACGUUGUCUGAACGUUGUCUGAACGCGGUCUGAACGCUGUCUGAACGUUGUCUGAACGUUGUCUGAACGCUGUCUGAACGCGGUCUGAACGCGGUCUGAACGCGGUCUGAACGCGGUCUGAACGCGGUCUGAACGCGGUCUGAACGUUGUCUGAACGCUGUCUGAACGCAGUCUGAACGCAGUCUGAACGCAGUCUGAACGUUGUCUGAACGCGGUCUGAACGCUGUCUGAACGCAGUCUGAACGCGGUCUGAACGCGGUCUGAACGUUGUCUGAACGCGGUCUGAACGCGGUCUGAACGCGGUCUGAACGCUGUCUGAACGCGGUCUGAACGUUGUCUGAACGCGGUCUGAACGCUGUCUGAACGCGGUCUGAACGCUGUCUGAACGCGGUCUGAACGCGGUCUGAACGCGGUCUGAACGCGGUCUGAACGCGGUCUGAACGCGGUCUGAACGCUGUCUGAACGCGGUCUGAACGCGGUCUGAACGCUGUCUGAACGCGGUCUGAACGUUGUCUGAACGCUCUCUGAACGCGGUCUGAACGCUGUCUGAACGCGGUCUGAACGCUGUCUGAACGCGGUCUGAACGCGGUCUGAACGCGGUCUGAACGCGGUCUGAACGCGGUCUGAACGCGGUCUGAACGUGGUUGAAUAGAACACAACCAGGUCUCUGGUAAAACAAGUCUUCUGAACUCAACGACCUGGUUCAAUAAAGGUUCAAUGAAGAAAUACAUGACGGCGUUUUGCCGACCGUCACCUCACUGACCGACCAAUGAGAACCUCGACCACUAGAUACUCACAGGUGGUUAGAAUGGAGAACAGACACCCAACCAUCUAGCAAGUAAGAGAACACACACCCUGUCAACAUGCUACUGAGGGACUGAAAGCUGGACAAACACCUCUGUGGUACAGAAUGUAUACACACACACACACACACACACACACACACUGUCAACAUGCUACUGAGGGACUGAGAGCUGGUCUAACACCUCCGUGGUACAGAAUGUAUACACACACACACACACACACACACACACACACACACACACAGUCAACAUGCUACUGAGGGACUGAGAGCUGGUCUAACACCUCCGUGGUACAGAAUGUACACACACACACACACAGCUGUGACCUGUUGACCCUCUGAGAUGUCGUUCACAUUGAAUUGCAGCGAACAACGGUCUUCGGUGAAUUCCUAUUGACCACGUCUCUCUCCUCAGAGUCAACCAAACUCCAUGCAUGGCUGAGACACAGGCUUUUAACAUGAUUACCGCUCUGUCAGUAGUUGAUAUAACCAUGAUAUGACCUCUCUGUUCAUAGUUAUAACCAUGAUAUGACCUCCCGGGUUCAUAGUUAUAACCAUGAUAUGACGUCUGUUCAGUUAUAAACAUGAUAUGACCUUCCGGGUUCAUAGUUAUAACCAUGAUAUGACAUCUGUUCAGUUAUAACCAUGAUAUGACCUCCCGGGUUCAUAGUUAUAACCAUGAUAUGACAUCUGUUCAGUUAUAAACAUGAUAUGACCUUCCGGGUUCAUAGUUAUAACCAUGAUAUGACAUCUGUUCAUAGUUAUAACCAUGAUAUGACCCCUCUGUUCAUAGUUAUAACCAUGACAUGACCUCUCUGUUCAGUUAUAACCAUGAUAUGACCUCUCAGGUUCAUAGUUAUAACCAUGAUAUGACCUUUCUGUUCAUAGUUAUAACCAUGAUAUGACGCCUGUUCAGUUAUAUUCAUGAUAUGACCUCUCAGGUUCAUAGUUAUAACCAUGACAUGACCUCUCGGGUUCAUAGUUAUAACCAUGAUAUGACCUUUCUGUUCAUAGUUAUAACCAUGAUAUGACGCCUGUUCAGUUAUAACCAUGAUAGGACCUCUCGGGUUCAUAGUUAUAACCAUGAUAGGACCUCUCGGGUUCAUAGUUAUAACCAUGAUGACUGUUCCUCAGUCUCAAACCCUCAGUUGAUGCCAAAGGCCUGGUAGUAACAGGCAAAGUCCUGUCUUUAUAUUGAUGACUAUUAUUAUGGUUGAAUCUGAAUGACUACUGUUAUCCAAACACAAGACCACCACAGUAUUCUGCACAGCCUGUACACAAUAUGUUUUCCUCAGCAGUCUACUUCAUGUACCUAUGUGAUAUAAAAGUACCAAAUACGACUGUAGGUGAAACUAAGAUGUAUGGAUUACAGUGUGAAUGACUAGCUGUUUCAAUUAUGUGGAUCACGACUUUACCUGUCAGUCAAUCAAACAAACAAUCAAAGCUUUUAUUUAUAUUGUGUUUAUUUUAAAAAUAUAUAUAAAUGCAUUUUGAAGUGCUUGCAGCCAGCCAAGGCCACAGUGACAAGACACAACUUCCUAGGUAGGUAGAGGUGGAGAUUCGACUACAAAAUAAUUGAUUCCUUGACUCCUUGAUCGUCGACUCCAAAUCAUCCUGGAGUCUCACUACUAUGUAGGUAGGUAAAAACGAUGAGACAAGGAUGAGACAAGGAGUGACUGUCAGUCACUCAGACCUCUUGCACUGAGAUGCAGGGUCUUAGACCGCUGGGCCACUGGGGAAUUUCUAUCAUCUCUGCUGCAACACUCACUGCUGAUCAGCUUUUUUAAUUGAUUAAAUUGAUUUGUUUAUAACAAAUGAACUUUGAA